CCGAGACCCCUCCUGCGCCGGCACGGCCUGGGGCCAUGAGCCGCGGCUAUGGACAUGGUCCAUACUAUGGAAAGGGCAAAGGCGGAAAGGGUGGACAACAUCAUGACAACCACUACGGAGAAGGACCGCAGAUUACUGUGAGCUCCCUCCGUGCUGGAGAAACGGUCGACGUUUUCCACCGGUAUCGACAAGACCCCAAUGGUUACUUCAUGGUCCAGCACCGAACCUCUGGUGUCAUGCAUCCCAGUGUAGGGAAAACCGAUGGCUGGACCACGGCCAGGGUCAAUGAAAAUUGGGACGCUCAAUACUACAAUCCUCACGACUACCAGACUUGGGUUGAGAUCCAAUGGACGCAUCCACUCUGGUACAAUCGGCGAGGGCAUCGACUCGAUGUGAAAAAUCCGUCCAUGGUGACACAGCGUGUGAUGCCGGAGCAGGUGCGUCGUGGCAAGUCUGAGGCCCAGAGGCCUCCGCAGCUCAGCCUGUUCCACUUGCGGUGGGGCGGUGAGCAGCCCGUGAACCCCGUCACCGAGGGCGCUGGCGGGUGGGGCGCCACUGGAUCAAAUCCAUCUGACAACUACAUCAACGCCUGGGAGGAUGUUGUUUUCCGAAUGCUGGGUCCCAACUACGAGAUUAUCUCAGCCUUCAUCCAAAACUCAGAUGAGCUAGGCAAGCUGGCACCUGCGCUUCUUCGUCAUUUGCUGAAAGGUCAGCAUGUGGCUGCUUGCUACUUCAUGUGGCCCAUCGCCUUUCAAGAUGGUCAUGAAUUCCCAGCCUAUGUUCGGAGAGAGAAACUCAUUGAACUCAUGGUACAGAUGGAGGCAGCAGGGAUUCCCAGUCGCUUCCCACACGAGUCUCACCUCUACAAGAUCUUUGCCUCGAAGGAGUGGACAGCCCAGAUGUGCCUCCAUCCGCUGUUGAAAGUGCCGCUCACCACCAUGGUGGCGCGGCAGGCGGUGGCCACGGAUCCCUCCAAGGCGGCCAUUGAGGCCAUGAACGCCCUGAAGAACCUGGCCGAUGCCAGAGCAUCUUGGAACCGCCAACUUGGUCAACCUGAGAAGCCCUAUCCCAAUAAGGGUGUGGCAAAGCUUGGAUGGAGUUGGGAGGCGAUGGACGUCCAAGCUUGGAAGAACAAGCAAGAGUUGGAACGCGCUCUCGUCUCACUGGUCGAACAGCCAGGCAGCAUGGUCGAUCAGAUCUUUGUGCAAGAAUGGGUCGACUUUGAAGUUGAGAUGAGACAUUUCUUUGUGGAGGUUGAUUUGCAUGAUCGAUCCACUUGGAAGCCGAAGUACAUCGUUUACACCGUCUUCAAAUCUCGCGACGACGGCUGCUUCCGCGAUUUUGACAAGUACGAUCGACAGACCGCUAUUGGCAUGACUUUCCAAAACGACGACGCCGCCAUGGCCGAUGCGGAGAAACAGGCCGAGGAGCUUUGUGGGCGAUGGCUGCAGUGGCUGCAGGCACAGACACACACCAUGCCCACGGUGGUGCGGAUGGACAUCAUGGCGAGAAGAAUUGGGCCCGGCAAGGCUGCCGUCGCCACGGGCGAACUCACCGAGUUGGGUGGCUGCUUUCUGGGUUGGCCCCAAGGGCCAUCGACCGUCUUCAGCGCAAUGGUGCGAUCAUGCUUCAAGAACACGGCGAACUUGGCACCCUACUGACUGUUGAGGGGCCCCUUUGGGGCCGUGUGACCGGCAGGCGGCGUCGAUGGGAUUGGCUACAAGAAGAGUUCUAAACCUGCC